UAAAAAUGACUAGUAUUAUUCGAUAAGACUGAUAAGCCUCCCCAGUAAUUACAUUUAUGUCCAUAGUGUGAGGAAACUGAUGAGUUGAAGUGUUGUGAAAAAAUAUUUAUGUGUGUGCUCUUGGGAGAAGGAUUUUUCAAAAAUGGAUUAUUUAUUUGUUAUUAUAGUGUGCCUAGCAUUCCUAUCUACAACAAUAUCCUAUGAAGAAACAUUCGAAAAUUCAACUAACCUCUGUGACCGUUGCAAAUGCAUUACCAGCUCAAGAGAAUUCGUGCUGGACUGUCAAAAUAAAGGGUUUCGACAUAUGAUAGCCAAUUGGCCCGAACACAACGCUACUCUAAUAGCAACUUUCAGCAACAACAAUAUAAGUCAUCUUGAAAUACUACCAGACAGUGACUAUGUAAGAGACGUGAUACUCUCGCGGUGUGGAAUUGAGACUUUGGGCAAUGGUGCCUUCAAGGCAGUGAAAAACCUCAAAUAUUUAGAUCUGAGUUAUAACCUUUUAACUACUGAAGAAAUUGCCCCGGAAAAGUUCAAAGGCCCCUACAACGACACCGUCUACGAACCCUUACUUAUCGAGCACCUAGAUUUAUCCUACAACCGCAUUCACAGUUUGCCUCACAACAUUUUUGAGCAUCUAACCACAUCGCUAACCGAAUUGAAUUUGGCAGGAAAUAAAUUGAAAAUUUUAGAUCACCAAACGCAAGUGGCUUUGUCCGGUUUAACAAACUUAAAGGGACUGAAUUUGGCCAAUAAUGACCUUACGGAAUUGGUAGGCGACGCAGUUAAAAAUUUGCAAAAGUUAAGGACAUUGAAUUUAGCAAUGAACAAAUUGGAUUUUGUGCCUGAAACUUUGACACUGUUAAGUGAUUCAUUGCAAGUGCUUUAUUUGGACAACAAUCUUAUUUACGAGCUUACAGAUGAAUCAUUUUUGGGAGUCAAAGGCAUUAGAAUGCUGUCUCUGACAAACUUAGCUAGAUUACAAUAUGUGAACGCUAAUGCAUUUUCGCCCCUCGAAAAUUUGAAAAUUCUAUUUUUAUCUGAUAAUCCAAGUUUAACUACCAUCGACAGAGACGCUUUCAGGGAAAAUCAAGUCCUAGAAGAACUUUAUCUUCACAACAACUCACUCAAAGACUUGCAUUACAACCUCACCAAUUGGCCCACACUCAGAGUGUUCAGCCUCAACGACAAUGAUUUAAUAUGUGACUGUGACUUAUACAAUAUUUCACAACAUUUGAGGCCCCAAAUCAAACAAAACGGCGAUGGGCCUUAUUGUAUAAAUCCUAUGACCGAUGCCAGUAUGAUGAUUUAUAGAUUAACUGAGGAAGCUUGCGACUAUGAGGCUGAAUAUAAUAAUUCCUCCCACGUCAUUAAUAAGCAUUUUCGUGUACUAAAGUUGGCGUUUCUCACAAUUUCGGCUGUUUUUAUUUUUACAGGCCUUAUCGCUGUAACUAUUGCGUUUCUAAGGUAUAGAAGAUACAAGAUGAACCGAAACUAUCCGUUCACUACUCAAGUUACUUAUAAUCCUUUAAGGAGUUCGAUUAUUAGUAAUUGAGUUUAAUGAGGCUAUGAAUUUUUCAAAGUGUUUGAAUUUAUAUUCCUCUACUCUGUGAUUGUUUUCCUAAAUAAGGUUAAUAUUAAAUUUUAUAAGUAA